AUAUCUACUUUAAAUCUCUUUACUGCGUCGUUUUUUCUUUCUUCCCUACUAUAUUUAUCUAUUCUAUAUAAUUAAGUAAAUUUACGUCAAAUUUUAUUUCAUAAGUUUUGUUUUUUGUUUUUUUUUUGAAGCAAAAAAAAAUCAUCUUUGGAUCAAUUACCUGAUUUAUUCGCUUGAAAAAUAUCGAAAGAUUGGAGCUAAGAAACGACAGGGAGAUUAUAAUAUUUUAAGAUAUAUAUUUCUAAAUAUAUAUCGAGAAAGAAUUUGAUCAUUGUUUAUUUUUUUUUCUGUCUACCCUUUCUACUUAUUUCUUAAGUUGGAAAGGAAUCGUGAUAAAGAGUUUGUGGGAGAGGCAAAAAUUUCUGAGUAGUAAUUACUAAUAAUAACAACAACAAUAAGUCUUCAAAUAAUCACUCAGUGAAUUCACCAUCUGAAGCCAUGGAUGCGUCGUCGGAGUGCAACAUUAAAGUCAUAUGCCGUGUCCGACCCCUCAACGAUGCCGAGGAAAGGGCUGGCAGUAAAUUCAUCCUCAAGUUCCCCACUGAUGAUUCUAUUUCUAUCGCCGGGAAAGUAUUUGUAUUUGACAAGGUUUUGAAGCCUAAUGUAUCACAAGAAUAUGUGUACAAUGUUGGUGCUAAGCCCAUUGUUGCUGAUGUCCUUAGUGGCUACAACGGAACAAUUUUUGCAUAUGGACAAACAUCAAGUGGUAAAACUCACACGAUGGAGGGUGUCCUUGGUAAACCCUCAAUGCACGGUAUCAUUCCACGUAUUGUGCAAGAUAUCUUUAAUUACAUUUAUGGGAUGGAUGAGAACUUGGAAUUUCAUAUCAAGAUUUCAUAUUAUGAAAUUUAUUUGGACAAAAUCAGAGAUCUGUUAGAUGUUACUAAAACUAACCUUUCUGUCCAUGAAGACAAAAACCGUGUCCCAUAUGUUAAGGGAGCAACAGAGAGAUUUGUAUCAAGCCCCGAAGAGGUUAUGGAGGUCAUAGAUGAAGGCAAAAACAACAGACACGUAGCUGUGACAAACAUGAAUGAACACAGUUCGAGAAGUCACAGUGUUUUCUUGAUUAAUGUAAAGCAAGAAAAUGUAGAAACUCAAAAGAAACUCAGCGGUAAACUUUACCUGGUGGAUCUGGCUGGUAGUGAAAAGGUCAGCAAAACUGGAGCUGAAGGUGCUGUGUUGGAUGAAGCCAAAAAUAUCAAUAAAUCUCUGUCCGCUUUGGGAAACGUUAUAUCUGCUUUAGCUGAUGGGAAUAAAUCACAUGUACCAUACAGAGAUAGUAAAUUAACCAGAAUUUUGCAAGAAAGUUUGGGUGGUAACGCCCGAACUACAAUGGUUAUCUGUUGCUCCCCUGCCUCUUAUAAUGAAUCUGAGACAAAAUCCACUUUACUUUUUGGUCAAAGAGCCAAGACAAUCAAGAAUGUUGUGUCUGUCAAUGAAGAAUUGACAGCUGAUGAAUGGAAGAGAAGAUAUGAGAAGGAAAAAGAAAAAUGUACCAAAUUGAAGGCUACAUUGGCACGGUUAGAGAGUGAAUUGCAGAAAUGGAGAACUGGUCAACCUGUAUCUGUUGAUGACCAAGUUGAUCUGAAAGCAGAUAUUCCUGCAGAGUCUCCUGCUACCAGCACAACCAGCCUAGCUGGAAAUAUGGUUGUAUCUAUGAAUGAAGGUGAUCGUAGCCAAUUAGAAGAAGAACGAUUGAAGCUGUACCAACAACUUGACGAUAAAGAUGAUGAGAUCAACAACCAAUCUCAGUUAAUAGAGAAACUAAAUGAACAGAUGAUGGAACAGGAAGAAUUAAUUUCUCAGUCUCGUAAAGACUAUGAAAAUCUACAGCAAGAAAUGUCACGUAUUCAAUCUGAUAAUGAAUCUGCUAAAGAUGAAGUGAAAGAAGUCUUGCAAGCUCUUGAAGAGUUGGCUAUGAAUUAUGAUCAAAAAUCUCAAGAGGUUGAGAAUAAAAAUAAAGAAAAUGAAAAUCUUAGUGAUGAACUUAGCCAGAAGCUGAGCACAUUGAAUAGCUUACAGAAUGAAUUGGAUCAAUUGAAAGAUUCUUCAAUGCACCAUAGGAAACGAGUCACUGAUAUGAUGAUUAAUUUAUUGAAAGACCUUGGUGAUAUCGGUGCUAUUGUUGGAGGCAAUGCAGCUGAAACUAAACCAACUGCAGGUUCUGGAGAAAAGAUUGAAGAAGAGUUCACUGUUGCUCGCUUAUAUAUCAGCAAGAUGAAAUCUGAAGUUAAAACUUUAGUCAGUCGGAAUUCUCAACUUGAGAAUUACCAGCAAGAUACAUUGAAGAAAAUGGAAGAAAGUGAAAAAGAAUUGUCUAAUUGCAGAUUACUUAUCCAACAGCAUGAAGCGAAGAUGGUUACACUCCAAGAGACCAUCAAAGAUGCUGAAAAUAAAAGGAGAACAAUGGAGGAAAAUGUUGACUCACUCAAUGAAGAGUAUGCUAAACUGAAAGCACAAGAACAAAUGCAUUUAUCUGCAUUAAAUGAGCGAGAAAAGGAAAGUAGUGCAGCAAGUGAAACACGUGAAGUUCUUGAGAAACAGAUGGAGAUGCAUCGUGAACAACAUCAAAAGCAGUUGCAAUCCCUACGUGACAAAAUUGCAGAAAAACAAGCUACUGUUGAUGAUCUCAAAGAUUCCAAUCAAAAACUAACUCUCGCUCUAGAGAAACUCCAAGCUGAUUAUAAUAAAUUGAAGCAAGAAGAGGUUGAAAAGUCUGCUAAAUUAGCUGAUCUGUCAUUGCAAAUCGAUCGCCGAGAACAAGCUAAACAAGAUCUGAAAGGUCUUGAAGAAACUGUGGCCAAAGAGCUACAAACUCUGCAUAACCUUAGAAAAUUGUUUGUGCAAGAUCUCCAGAACAAAGUCAAAAAGUCAUGUAGCAAGGCUGAUGAUGAUGAUGAAGACACUGGAGGUAAUGCAGCUCAGAAACAGAAGAUCUCAUUCUUAGAAAGCAACCUUGAACAACUAACCAAGGUUCACAAACAGCUUGUUCGAGACAAUGCUGAUUUACGCUGUGAGUUGCCCAAGCUGGAGAAACGGUUACGUGCUACUAUGGAGCGGGUCAAGUCUCUAGAGUCUGCUCUCAAGGAUGCAAAAGAAGGCGCUAUGAGAGACAGAAAAAGCAAUAUCACCUUUACCAACGGCAGGUACCAGCAUGAGGUGGAUAGGAUCAAAGAAGCUGUUCGCCAGAAAAACCUUGCACGCAGAGGACAUGCUGCUCAAAUAGCCAAACCAAUCCGGCCUGGACAACACCAGUCCAUUACUGCACAAACAGCAGUGAUUCGUGGUGGUGGUGGUGGAAUAGCUCAAAAUGGACCCAUACAUUCAUCUACUCCAAUUAGAGUAGCACCUGAAAGCAAAGCAUAAAAGUUGUAAACAACUUAUGUUUUUCAAAGAAGAAUGGAAUAUGAAACUUCCUAGUGCGUUCAUUAUUUCUAAAACCUUAAAGGAGAACUGUUACUCCUACUUCUACAUGAAACGGCAUUUUUUCCUAGUGUGUGUCAUGUGCCUUGCUGAUACAGUGGAGUGCAUGCUGGCUCUUGUCUACCACUGCACAGCACAGGCUGCCAUAUUGGAGUGAUUGAGUGUGUUCUCUAGUGUCAGCCCAGCACAUGUCCACAUUUCCUACAACACAAUACUCACUAGCUGACCUCACAUGCUUUAUUCAAUUGCAGCAUUAUUAUUAUUAUUGUUAUUAGAUUGUCAUUUUGCUACAUAUUUGUCCAUUGGAUUUUAAUGUGAUUAUGGCUUAUUUUAUUGUCUCAUCUAUUUUUUUCUUUGCUCUCUAAUAAUCAGUACGAAAAAAAAAAGAAAGAAAUGAUGGCUGAAUUAUAAACAAAAAACAAAUUAGUGAACAUGUUGGAUCAUUUCAAUAGAAUACUUCACAACAUAUGUUUGGUCCACUUUGAUUUCUUGUGAAGAUGUUAACCAAUCCUCCUAAUGGAAGCCAGCCUGAUAAUUCUCCCUCAACAAAAAAGUUUCAUCAUAAAAACAAUUUUGAUUUUUAAAUUCAAAUGUAACAAAACUUUUCCCAAUCACAGAGCAGUGCUUUAUUUCAACUUUUGGUUUUUAUUAAAAAUAGCUUAACAUUCAUUGUAUAUAAUAUAUAUAAUACAUAGAAACAAAAAUAACUACCAACCCUCAACAAAAAAUUCAACUGCUUUUUGUUCUUCAUAUAAUGCAGUUUUAUUUUAAAUACUUAGCUAAAGAACCAGCUUAGCACUUGGUUUUCUGUAUAAUUUCUCAUUAAAUUGGUGACAGAUUUUUUUUCAUUUGACAAACAGGUAUAAAAUAUUAUAUAUUUUUGUUUGAAAAAAAAAAAAGUAUCAGCAGAUUUUUUACUAGCUCUUAUCUUCUGCUGUUGGAUAAUAGUAUAAUUUUGUUCAUUAAAAAAACUGUAUCUGAAUGUCAGGAGAAAAUGUGUUUAAUGAUAAAUUAUGUUUCUUUAAACAGAACACAUAUAUGAGUGGUUUUAGUUAGCUUCAGUAGUGUUUCCAAAGUUAAUAAUAGUACUUUAGUGGUAGUGAGGGACUUCUAUAUAUAUAAUAUAUAUAUAUGUGUGUGUGUGUCUAACAUAAUUAUUUUAUUUUUAAAUCCUUAAACAGUUUAGAAUAUGAAACAACCAGUUAUGUUAUUUUGAAUAUUAAUUCUUAGAUUUUCUUGAUAAUAUUGAUCAUCUGUAAUGUUAUCAUUCUUUUUUAUACUGGAUGUGUUUCUGAGCAGGAUUAAUUUUUAUCUUAUUUAGUGGUUCAGUUUCAGUUUUGGUAAACAAAAUCUACACUGAAACUGAACUAAUAUUUAUACAUAACAGAUCUUCUUCUCAGUAAUGUCAUCUUUAGCCAUCACUGAUAAAAAGGUUUUGUUUAAAUUCUGUGAUUAGGUUCUUCUUUUUAAAUAAUAUUAAUGGGAGAUUCUAAUCACAUGGCACUAUCCUUUUUGACUUAUAAACACUUCUUAUGAUUGCUCUGCUGGUAGCUUGAGUCAUAUUAGUGUGGUUGAAACAUUUUUCUCUUCAGUUAUAAUAUUUAGAGAUGUGCAUGUGCACACUCUCACACACAGUAGUACAUUAUAUUUUAAUUUUUUGCUCGUAUUGUUUGAGUUACACAUGAUCUUGGAAGUAUUGUCUCUUGAAAAUCUAAGCAUGGAAUGCUGACCUUCAGUAUAAUCUGAAUUAGUAGCUUAAUGGAAUAGUUAUCAAGAACAUGUGUUUAUUACACAAAUUGAAUCUUGAGGACAUCAAACUUUGUUCCACAUGUUGGACAAGUUGCUCUGAAUUAUAUUGAGGAUUUGGACAUCUUUUUUCAUUGGAGCUGGAUGCUAUUCUAUGGAGAUAUAUAGAUUUGGAAAUAUUUUAGCUUAAUUUACAAUAUACCAACCUAUUAUAUUAAUUUGUCUGUUACCAAUAAACAGAAGUCUUAGGAUUGAAAGCAGGAUUCCUACUUUUGACAAAUAAUGUUUAUUUGAUUUUAGCUUAAUUAUAAGUACAUUACAUGUAAUGGAAGUUCCUUUCUAUUAGAGGUUUUGGCUCCUGCUUCUUGGGUAUUACUAGUGUUGUUUUCAGAUGCCUGAUUAUCUAAUAAUUAUGUAGAUGUUCAAAUUUUUUAUAGUUAUUUAACUUUAAAAAAAAUUGUUUUGUCAGUGAAUUCUAAUUAUAUUUGACAGGAUCAUUUAUGCUAUCAACAAUUAGGUAUAGAACUAAACAAAAUAUAUAUACUUUGAAAUCUGUCUUCAUGAAAUGCUCCUAUCUUCAAAUUUCGGCUGAUAUUUAUUGUCCAUAUUCUUAUAUAUACAUCGCCCUUCCUCUGCACUUUCUUAGUAAGUCUAAUUACCACUGUUUCAUAUAUUUUGGAUGUAAUUUUAACCAUGUUUCAUCUAAAAACUAUGUAAGAAUGGUAAUUAUGUUCAGUAACUCAUUAAUCAUAUAGACAGAAAUAUAUCAUAUGAAAUCUUAAUUUGUUUUCUUUUGUGAGAUUUUUAUUUAUUUCCUUAGGUUUUUUUUUUUAACAAAAUUAUUAUUUCAUUAUUGUAUUGUAUGGAAAAGUGAAAUCAGUUUUGGUUAAUGAUGUAAAAGAAAGUGCAGGAACUGGGGUAGGUGUAAAUUUCUUGCAGAAAAAAAGAAAAGAUUAAGAUACUACCGAGGUCAUUUCACUAAUAUUGAUUAUACUGAAACAAGUGUUUCAAUUUAAUGGUUUUAUUUUCUUACAUUGGUGUGCUUGUAUGUGUGGGAAUGUGUAUGCAAUUAACUAAAGAAGUAUUUGAUGAAAAAUAAAUCUCAUUAUGCCAAAAUUAUUGAUUUGGAGGUAAAAGAUUAACCUGCUUCGUAACAUUUUCCAAAUUAAUGUCUGCAAGAACUUUGUUGGGGUUUAAGCUAUAGUUCUAAAAUUACUAGUAAAACCAAAUAGUUCUUAAUUCUAGCUAUUUUUACAUGUGUAUUUAAAAUAAUUAAAAGAAUAAGGGUGUCUCUUUUAAUUAUUUUUUAAUAACUUGGAUAGGUAAUGAAAUGCAAUUAUUUAUAUUUAAGAUUUGAGUUUCCAUCCCUUCUACCAACUCUGAUAAUCUUGUAGCUUUUAUAUUUUCCUCCUAAUAGUUCUUUUGAUUGACAAUAUGAUAAGCUGUAUGAACAUGUUUGUUAUUGCUUUUAUGUAGCAUACAAAAUUGUUUUGUUUUGUUGUUGUUUUUUAAAUAGCAACCAAACUAUAUUUAUUACUCCAUGUAAAGUUUUAGAUCAAUAUUUAUCUAUGCUGCUUGUGCUAAACACUAAUUUACCAUGUUUGCUAAAAUUGUCUUUCAAAUUUUUAUUCUAUUCAUUCUUUUUUUUUCUCCUCCCCCUUUUUUUUUUUAGCUAUGAAAAUUUAUUUAAACUCAUCUGUGUAUACAAAUGGUUGCUUCUACAAAUUGUUUUUCAUGUUAAUUUUUCUAAAGCCAUUUUCAGCAGGUUUUUUUUUUUUUGUUCCGAAAAGAGUUUGUCUGUGAUGUAUGUUAGUAUGCAACACUGGCUGAAAAAAAAAAAAGAAAAACACCUCCCCCCUCCAAAAAAACAGAACAGCAACAUAACAAAAUAAAAUAAAAAGGAAGAAAGAAAAAGCAAAGGCAAUCU